GAUUGACAGAUGUUUUAUAGGCCAUAAAAAUUUGAGGUUGGAAUUCGUGAGGAGAUGAGAGAAGUGUUAUUCAUUGUCUUAACAGUAUUCAACAAUUAAAGAAUGGUUAAGUGAUAGUAGUGAAUCACAGCUUCACACUAAGAUUUUAACAGAAAUAUUUACAAAUAAUUAAAUGUUAAAAUGCUCUCGAGGAAAAACAGAGAUUUGAGAACUAUCAAGGAAGGUGUAGUUGGAAAAUAUGUCAAGAAAGAAACACCUCCAGAAAUGCCCAUAAUCAAUGUAUGGACGACGGAGCCCACCAAGAAGUCACAUAGACGGAUUAACCAGAGUCCUUCACCAACCACAAGCACUGUGCAGGAAACCAGCAUAACUCAAAAAUUUGGUAAUAAUCGAAUUGCUCCCAACCUAGGAGGUCAUGAAGGAAAAUACACUCCAAGCAGUUCCGUCCCAGAUAUUGCUCAGAGGUUUGCAAGCAUGUCUGUGGGUAGUGGAAGUGGCAGUGAUGGAAGUGGAAGUAAUUCACGUUUGCCUCCCACGACAUAUGGAACAGCUUUGGUUCCUUCAGUAAGUCAUACAUAUUUCAACCAGUACACUGGAUCUGAGUACAGCCUGAAUAAAAUGCAGUCACCUCAGCUGAGUCCCAGCUAUAUUUCUGUACGUGGAUCAACAGAAGCUACUGACUUGCAUGAACGUAUUCCAAUCCACCAUGAAGUAAACUAUGGAAAUUCUUCAGUUUACCAUUCUCGUGUGGAAGAAUAUAGAGUAUCACCAUAUCAACAGGUCCCUGUGCCAUAUAAUCAGCAUGUGAGCAUCCAUCCUCUGCACACACCUAGACAUUCACACCAGAGCUUCCACAAUGCACCAGCCCAUUCAUCACCACACCAGCAAGCUCAGGGAGACCAGAAUUCCUCACAAGCAAUUGAUCAGACAGAAGAGUUGCCACUGCCACCUGGAUGGUCUGUUGAUUAUACAAUGAGAGGUCGAAAGUAUUACAUAGACCACAAUACAAAAACAACUCAUUGGAGUCAUCCUUUGGAGAAGGAAGGGCUCCCAACAGGUUGGGAGAGGAUAGAAUCCCCUGAAUAUGGUGUUUACUAUGUAAAUCAUAUAACCCGACAAGCACAAUACGAACAUCCUUGUGCACCACAUUACAUUUACCAGCCAGAGGCAAGAGUUCAGAUGGAAGUACAACCACGAAUGCUUGCACCACCACCAAGACAUACUCAUUUUCAUCCUCACAGUGUACUUGUUCCUGCAAAUCCUUAUCUGAAUGAAGAAAUACCGCAGUGGUUAGUUGUGUACUCCAGAGCAUCAAAAGAAUUGGAUCACAAGUUGAGAUGGGAAAUGUUCAGAUUACCUGAAUUGGAUUGUUUUAGUGCCAUGUUAACACGUUUAUAUAAACAAGAACUGGAGGAAAUAGUAAUGCGGUAUGAAGCAUACAGGGCUUCCUUGGUGCUUGAAAUUGAGCGACGUUUGACGGCUGCUGCUGAACAGUCGGGAGCUACCACAGAGCUAUUGAAAGAAGCAGCUUUGUCUCAGCAUGUAGAGACCAAAGUAUAACAUUAAAAAGUUAUUUUGUGACAUUUUUCAGUGAGAGAACUAGUCACCCUUAUAUUUUGAAGAAAGUAUUGAAACAUUUUGUAUAUUUUAAAAUGCAGGACCACUUGUUAGGUUUCUAUUAGUGAUUAUUUGUGUAUGUGGUAUGUAUAUAUGAGUAUAUUAUAUUAUGUGGACUUGAAGGGUUGAUAUAAAGUAGAGAGGAAAAAGCAUUACUCUGGUAUAAAAUGGGAACUCUUUGAUGUAACCACUAUUUUUAUAA